UCUAACGGGGUGGCGCAAGAUAGCUGACCUCUGCUAUAAUAAUGUGGUAGUUGUCUAUGGAUGCGCGUUGUCCCCUCCUCCAUCUGUCUCCCCGCCUGGUCAAUCUCUCUCCAUUAUUUUUGUUUUCAAAUUUGAUUUAAAAUUCGACCUAUUUCUCUGUCUUUGAGGCUUAUAGCUUAAGGCGUAGCUGUCCCGGCACCCACCUCCGAUUCUCGACGUCGUCACAGAUCUUCAAUGAUCGUUUUUCUUCGCGAAAAAUACUUCCCAUUGGGGUUGUUUCAAAGAUCUCGGUGAUGUAGACGGAAUUGGCUUUCCUUAAGUACGCUACCUGGAUCUCCUUUACCAUCUUAUAUGAAUGAUGUCUGAAUUAACUAGUGUGGUGAAAGAAACUUCUGAAAAUGGCACGGAUUUGUCUCCAGAUGAUAUUGGUACUAUUGAGGAAAUGCCCGAGGACACAAUUUUGUCACAACAAACCUCUGUGAACCUUGUCCCUUUUAUUGGCCAGAGAUUUAUUUCGCAAGAGGCUGCCUAUGAAUUUUAUUGUAGUUUUGCAAAGCAGUGUGGCUUUUCAAUUAGACGCCAUCGCACUAGAGGGAAAGAUGGUGUAGGUAGAGGUAUCACUAGAAGGGAUUUUACAUGCCAUCGUGGUGGCUAUCCACAGCUAAAACCUUUGGAGGAUGGAAAGCUGCAGAGGAACCGGAAAUCAUCACGCUGUGGAUGUCAGGCAUACAUGCGAAUUGUUAAGCGAGCAGAUUUUGAUGUCCCUGAAUGGCGCAUCACUGGUUUUAGCAAUGUUCACAACCAUGAGCUUUUGAAGUCAACUGAAGUGCAACUACUUCCUGCUUAUUGCACCAUGUCUGCAGAUGAUAAAGCUCGGAUUUGCAUGUUUGCAAAAGCAGGGAUGUCAGUGCGACAAAUGCUAAGAUUAUUGGAGUUAGAGAAGGGUGUUAAGUUAGGUUGCUUACCAUUCACGGAAUUAGAUGUCAGAAACCUUCUACAAUCUUUUAGAAAUGUGGACAGAGAUAGUGAUCCUAUUGACCUUCUAAAAAUGUGCAAGGAGAAGAAGGAUAAUGACCCCAACUUCAAAUAUAACUUCAAGAUUGAUGCCAACAACAGGUUGGAUCAUAUUGCCUGGUCAUAUUCCUCGUCAGUUCAAUUGUAUGAAGCUUUUGGAGAUACCAUGGUAUUUGACACGACUCACCGUUUGGAUGCCUAUGACAUGCUUCUAGGAAUUUGGAUUGGAGUGGAUAAUCAUGGAAUGCAAUGUUUCUUUGGUUGUGUGCUUCUAAGGGAUGAAAAUGUGCAAUCUUUUUCAUGGUCAUUAAAGACAUUCUUAGGGUUCAUGAAUGGUAAGGCUCCAGAAACAAUUCUCACUGACCAAAAUGUGUGGCUGAAAGAAGCAGUUGCCGUUGAAAUGCCUCGAACCAAGCAUGCCUUUUGUAUUUGGCAUAUCAUUUCAAAGUUUUCAGAUUGGUUUUCUGUACUUCUUGGGCCUCAAUAUGACAAAUGGAAGGCUGAGUUCCAUCGGCUCUAUAAUUUGCACUCAGUGGAGGACUUUGAAGUUGGAUGGAGGGAGAUGGUCGAUGCUUAUGGACUACAUGGAAAUAAGCACAUUGCUAGCUUAUAUGCCUUGCGAACAUUUUGGGCUCUACCUUAUCUGAGAUGUUACUUCUUUGCGGGGAUGACAAGUUCAUUUCAAUCAGAGUCAAUAAAUUCUUACAUCCAACGGUUUUUAAGUACACAGUCUGUAUUAGAUAACUUUGUGGACCAGCUGGCUGCUGUUGUGGUUGCUAAGGAUAUGGGAACAAAGCACAAGAUGCAGAGGAAGAUCCAGAAGGUGUCCCUGAAAACAGGUUCGCCAAUUGAGUCUCAUGCUGCCACCGUUUUGACACCAUAUGCCUUUUGCAAGCUACAGGAGGAGCUUGUUUUGGCACCACAAUAUGCAUCACUGGCAGUGGAAGAAAGUUACUUUGCUGUGAGACACCAUACAGAGAUAGACGGGGGUUGCAAAGUAAUUUGGGUCCCACAUGAUGAGUUCAUUAGCUGUAGUUGCCGUCAGUUUGAGUUCUCAGGAAUCUUAUGUAGGCAUGUUCUUCGUGUUCUAUCAACAAACAACUGUUUCCAUAUUCCGGACCGGUAUCUUCCCAUCCGUUGGCGAGAUGUUGUCUCACCAAUGGCAAAGCCUGCCCAGGUGCCCACCACUUCAGGAGAGCAUGCUGUGAAAGUGCAGUUUUUGCAGUCAGUUGUUUCAACACUAGUUGCAGAAUCAAUUGAGACAGAGGAUCGCCUUGAUUUUGCCUGUGAUCAAAUUGUACAGGUGUUGUCUCGUAUCAAGGAAUUCCCUGGACCAUCACAUGUUGCUGAUGAUAUUGCCUAUAACAGCCCAAAUGACUCAUUGAUUCUUACAGAGGUCGAAGAUUCGGAUGGUAUUGUUCAAAGUUUCACUGCUGGGAAGCCUCAUGAUUCUUUGACUUUAGGAAAGUUGAAAGAGAGAAGGUCAAGAGAUCCGGCAGAUUUGUACAGGAAACGAAGGCACUGCGCUGUGACUUGCUGUGGGCAUUUUGGACAUGAUGCAACUGAUUGUCCAAUUAUUGGAGGUGAUGAUUUAAAUGGUGACGGGCUAGGAUUUUUGUAGGUAAACUUUGUAAUUGGUUAGACGCGUAAAGUAUAGAUAGCAUUGUGGCAGCCUUGUCUAUACACAUAGCAAAUGUAUUUCCAUCUUUCAAAUGCAGUCCUAAAUUUGCUCUCUCUUUAAAUUCCAAAAA